AUGUGCGCUGUUUUCGUAAUCUUGCUGCUGGCAGCGUUCUCGACCACCGUAUUGACGGGCCCGGUGCCCUAUCGCGCACCAUAUCAAGUGUACCCUCGGGUUGGCAAUGCCUCACUUGCUUUCACACAGUCCACACUAUCUACACCAAGUACACUAACCCUAAUCGAAAUCACGCCACCGUCUUCCGCGCAAGUAAGCGAGACGUCGCUGGUCCCGUCGGCAACAACGAGCCUCGAAAUCGCAACGGGACUUUCAUCAGUAAAGAGCGCGCUCACCACGUCGGUCGAAGCCGCAGACACGGGUCACGCAGACGUUGUUCCGCUUGAGCCGACUGUUAUCCUUUCGACGGCGCCUGCAAUCACGUUUGAGAACACGGCAGGCCGGCCAAUCGUCACGGUGCCACCUUCAACCAUCGAACAGACAACCUUCAAUGAAGCACCUACCAGCGCUCCCGACGCGACCCAGGCUCCUUCGAAAUCGGAAGCCACAAGCCCCAUGAUAACCAGUGUGGACACGCCGAAGCCGACCUCGCUCGCUGUGUCAAGCAGUGUUGACUUGCAGUCCUCCGAACUACCACCUUCGGCUUCGUAUGCCCCGGCAUUGGGCAAUGAGGAUGCCGCUGCCACAGAAGAGCCGUCCGCAACGUCCUUCAGACGCAGCUUUACGCUAGACAUAACCACUACUGCGGGCGCGUCCUCUCCGCAGUCUUCGGAUCUUGCUACGACCUCACCUGGAAACAGUGGAGUUCCGCCCACCCAAACUAGCACUGUGGAGUCCACUGCCUCAGUUCCAUCCAGCUCGGCAGUUGCAUCAGCUGAGACUAGCGCGCAAGAUUCUUCACUGACAAGCAGCGGGUCUUCCACUCUGGCGGCCAGCUCCUCGUUCUCUUCCGUACCUGGCAUAGCGUACGAGACGACGACAACCAUUGUUACCGUUUUCGGACCUUCCGAGACAUCCACGCAAGCCGAGCAGAGCAGCGCUCCAGCCACUCUGACCGAAAAUAGCAGCUCUUCCCUGGCCCCGUCCCCUUCUUCACUCUCCUCCAUCCCAGGCGUGGAGUACCAGACGAGCACAACAAUCACCACGAUCUUCGGACCUGCAGAGACUUCAACCGCACCAGUUGCAACAUCCGCUCCAACAGCAUCUUCUCCGUCUUCCGAAGCUAUUGCUUCUAGUUCCACAAGCACCUCUGCCAUCCUCGCCCCCAGCGUUACUUCGCCCACAACACAACCAGAGACAUCCGCUUUCUCUCAACCAACUCCAGAGCCGUCGUUGUCCACAGCGCUAGAGCCAACACCGGCGCCAACCGCCUCGUCAUCCUCCUCAUUCCCCUCACCCUCCACCCCGGCCUCCUCCGCGCCACCACGAUUUUCACUGGACCCCAUCCCAUCCUCAUCGCAACCACCGACUUCAGUCACAGCCUCCACAUCCACGGACUUACCCGCCAGCAGCGCCCCGGCCGCUCCUCCACCUCCCAGCAGCACUCAGCCCGAGCCGACCGCGCCAACGUCAGCGCCAGUCGCGGUCCCGCCUGCCGGCAGCGCGCCUGCCACGACGGCGCAGGGACCGGGGCUGACUGUCAUCCCCAUCAACCCGGAUGACGCGUUUACUGUGACCGUGACGGCGACAGCGACGGAGAAAGAGACGGUGAAAGAGACGGUUACGGUGACCGUGACGGCAGGAGGCUGA